AUGGCCUGUCCCUACAAGAAAGAGCCAAACCUGAAGCCAGACAAUGUCGUCGAGCCCAGCAUCGACGGCCCCGGGGAGCCGAUCCCUCACCCGCCCGAGAAGUGGCUGAUCGGAAACGCGGGCGAGAUCGACCCGACCUUCUUCAUCUCGUCGGUGUGGCGCCUCGCCGACAUCUACGGGCCAAUAUUCAGCCUCAAGCUCUUCGGCAGGACCGUCGUCGUCGUCUCGAGUUACGAACUGGUCAACGAGGUCUGCGACGAGUCCCGCUUUGAGAAGACGACCAAGGGAAACCUCGAGACGCUGCGGGCCCUGGUCGGGGGCGGGCUGUUCACUGCCUACUCGGAUGAACAUGACUGGUACGUCGGUCACCGCAUCCUGAUCCCGGCGAUGGGCCCCAUCGCGGUGCGGCGCAUGUUCGACCAGAUGGUCGACUGCGUGUCGCAGAUGGUCCUCAAGUGGGACCGGCUGGGGCCGGACCACGAGGUCUCCGGGCCCGAUGACUUCUCGCGGCUCACGUUCGACAUCAUCGUCCUGUGCGCCAUGAACUACCGCUUCAACUGCUUCUACGCCGAGGAGCCGCCGCGCUUCAUGACGGCCAUGGCCGAGGCGCUGGUAGAGGCGGGCAAGGCGACCAACCGCGUGGCCGUCGAGAACGCGCUGCGGUACUUCUCGCGGAGGAGGAUGGCGGAGAACAUUGAGUAUAUGCAUAGCGUCUGUGACGGUGUCAUUGCCGAGAGGAAAGCGAGCCCGCGGCCGGAGCUGAAUGAUCUUUUGAAUGUCAUGAUGUUCGGGAAGGAUCCUGUUUCUGGGGAGUCGAUGUCUGAUGAGCUGAUUUCGCAUGAGUUCCUGACAUUCCUGAUAGCUGGCCACGAGACGACCAGUGGCACUAUGAAUUUCAUGAUGUACAACCUCUUGAAGCAUCCAGACAAGCUGCAAAAAUGCUACCAAGAAGUCGACGAGGUCCUAGGCGACAACGCCAUAGAGCUCGAGCACAUUCCGCGGCUGAAAUAUCUCUGGGCAACUAUGCGCGAAACACUGCGCUACCUGGGCCCCAUCUCGUCCAUCCAACGCCACAGGAAGCGCGAGACGGUCAUCGGCGGCAAGUAUAGGAUCCAGCCGGACUGGGCCGUCAUGCUCAAUUUCCGGGGCCUGCACCACGACACGAGCGUCUACGGCGCCGACGCCGGCGAGUUCCGGCCGGAGCGCUUCCUCGAGGGCGGUUGGGAGCAGAACCCGCAGAACGCGUGGAAGGCCUUCGGGACCGGGGCGAGGGGCUGUCCGGGCAAGGCCAUCGCCGAGCAGGAGAUGAUCUUGGCCUGGGCGCUGGUCUUCCAGCGCUUCAACAUCGAGCUGGCUGACCCAGAGUACCAGCUCAAGAUCAAGCCGACGCUGACCAUCAAGCCUGAUGAUUUCAAGUUCAAGGUCCGACGACGUCAGGGCAAGGACAGGAUGGUCGGUCUGGCUGGAGCACCGCAUAAGGACAAGGUGUAUCCCGCGGCUGGCCAGAGAAAGACAGCCAAGCACGAUGCUUCCAAGGGAUCGGAUGUCGACAGGAGGGCCGACCUGAAGCCGCUGUCCAUCUUCUUCGGUGGCAUCAGUAACACGUGCAAGACUUAUGGGGGGGACUUCCAGCACGACGCACCGAGCUUUGGUUUCCAAGUUCCAGACGGGGUUCGCAACCUCGACGAGGCCGUCGAAAACCUGCCCAAGGACAAGCCUGUCCUGAUCAUCACCUCCUCGUACGAGGGUCAACCCCCUGACAACGCAAAGGGCUUCGUCGCAUGGCUCGAGACCCGGGCUGCCGCCGGGGACGACAGCCUGCUGAAGGGUGUGAGCUACGCCGUCUUUGGGGCCGGCAACAAGGACUGGUUUCUGUGUCUUUUUGUUCUCACCAAGUUCCUGCGAGUCGUUGCUCACAAGAGACGACAACAGCAAGAUGAGCACAUGACCGCCUACGAGCUCAUCGGCACCCGCGUCGAACUCGCCACGCCGGCAUCCCAGCGCCAGAUCGCCACGCUGGCCACGAAGCUGCCCGGCUCUGAGGAGCUCAAGACCCUCGCGUCGGACGCAACCGCCUAUCGCAGCAACGUCCUGGAGAAACGCGUCUCGGUCCUAGACCUUCUCGAAGAAUUCCCCAGCUGCGACCUGUCCUUCGCCGAGUACCUCGCGAUGCUGCAGCCCCUAGCGCCGAGGCAGUACUCCAUCUCGUCGUCGCCUCUUGCCUAUCCCCCGGUGCCGAGCACCGCCUCCUUCCCUGGACAUACGGCGGCGGACGACGACAGCACCACCUGCCUGACGUGCUCCAUCAUCUACGACGUGCUCGACGGCGCCCCUGCCCUGUCCGGCCGCGGGUCCUUCACCGGCGUCGCCAGCUCAUACCUCUCGAACCUUCCUCCCGGAUCACGCCUCCGCUGCUCAGUCCGCGGCACCGCCUCGUCCAAAUUCCGCCUGCCGCCUGACCCAAAGACCCCUGUGGUCAUGCGGUCGCGGGCGCGCGGGGGAGGACCCGCCGCCCUUGGCCCCGCUGUGCUGUUCUACGGCUGCAGGGACCACGAAGAAGACUUCUUGUACGGGGACGAGCUGGCGGCGUGGGAGGCCGCCGGGGCCGUGAGGGUUCGGCCGGCGUUCUCGAGGCGCGCGCCGCAGGAGCAGGCGACGGCCCACGUGGACGAGGUCGUAUGGGCGGAGAGGGAGGAGGUGAGGGACCUGUUCAAGGCCGGGGCGCGGGUCCUCGUCUGCGGGAGCGCGAGCAGGCUCGGCCGGAGUACUCAUGAUGUGUGCGUGCGCAUCUACCGCGAGGGUCACCCGGAGGUGUCUGCCGAGGAGGCCGAGGAGUGGAUGUUGAAGCAGAAGGAGGAUCGUUAUUUGAGUGAUGUUUUCGGGUAG